AUGGAGGUGGCCGCAGACGCUCGGGCAAAAGGGAACUUCCCCAAGGUCAGUCCUGAGAGAGCGAACGUCACAGAAGCGCAGGAAUAUCUGCUACGAGUUCUCAGGACCAACCCCAACAACAAGCAGGCGUGGGAAGAGCUUGGCCAGUGCUACCUGGAGACGGGGAGCCUGGAGAACUCGCUGGAGGCCUACCGACGAGCGGUAGCACUCACCAAAGGCAGCGAUGAAGACAGCGCCUCAGGCAAAAAAAAUUGGCCCUUUCGAGGGGGGCAAAAAAGGGAGAACCGAGGGAAAAGCACCCAACCCCGGCUUCCCGGGCAAGGUUCCUUUUUGUACAGGGGGAAAAAUCGCCCGGCUCAGGGGGUUGUUUUUUUCCCCCUUUUUUUCUCCCUUUAUUUCCGGGGGGGGUAG